GUAGACCGCAUAUCAACUUGAAGGAGCAGGACAGACCAGUCACACAUAACACUGGCAUAUGCACUGACACGCUAGUAAACCUGCCAGGCUUUUUGUCGGAUUUCUCUAUUUUAAGGAUAACUCUGUGACACUGACGUCCGUAUUUCAAAGCCAUUGCAACUCGAAUUCCCAAACCCUGGUUUCUAUUGGAAAGUUGGCUUUGCAUAACACGGAGAUAAUACUGGAAUAAAAACUGACAUAAAAACUUAAUAAUAACAGUAUAUAUAUUUAUUUGCAUUUUUUGUAAAGGGGGUUGUUAUACAUGAAUGAUGUUUUGCUUUACGCAUUUACUCGCCAGCUGAAAGCGUAUUGAAUGCAUUAGAUUCAACCACUGGGUCGUCAUCCUUUUGAUCGUAAUGGAUAAAAAUGCCUUCUUUGUGUUCAAACUUUCUGUUGUUGCAAUAUUGGCAAACAGCUUGAUGACGAGUGGACUUUCAGCCACGGAAGACAAACUUCAACAGAUCCAUAAACCAAAUGUAAUUACAUGUAAUGAAACUGCCCUGAUGCUGAAGAUGUCAAGAUGUGAAGAUGACUUUAAGAGAGAUAUGGACCUCGUAGAUCCAAAGAACUGGUGUAACUUGACAUAUUAUAUCAAGGAAUACAACACAUUCUCCACCUGUACUGAGCAUAAUGCUGAGAAAGUAGGUUGCUUCUGGCCAAAUCCACUUGUUGAGAGCUUCAUUAUCAGCAUCCACAAACACUUUUUCUCAAACUGUACUUCGGACCAAGUGGUUUGGGAGGAUCCCCCAGACAACAUGCUCACUGUCCUCAUUUUAAUUCCUGUGCUCCUGACGGUUCUCAUAAUAGCGCUGGUGGUGUGGUGCAGUAAACGCAACGACUUCCUGUUGUAAUCCAGACCGCACAGAGAUUAGGGUUUUAUUUGCAUGUUUUCAUCCUGCCAAGCAAAGAGUGAAAGGACGCACUUCAUUUCUUAUUUUAAUUGUGUUUAAUUGGUUGCUCCUCCAGAGCUAUCUGAAUCUAUUUGCAUUUUAUGGGAUCCAAAAUAAGGCCAGAAGUCUCCAGAGUUGUCUCUGGAAAUCUUAGAAAUCUGUAGAUUAACUUUGGAUAGUAAACCCAGCUCACUAUGACAGAACCCCCCCAGCCUUUUUGAGGUUGUUAAUAAUUAGUAUGGUGUAUCAUGGGCAAGAGCAAUGGAAAUGGAUUUGUGUUGUUUUAUAAUGUUUUGCUGCAGAUUCAGCCAGAAUACCAGUGAUUCUUAGCAGGGAAGUCAACAAGCAGUCAGCAAUGUCAUAAACAAUAGCGUUUUUUAGGGGUGCUAAAAUGAUACCAGGGGCUUAACAGAGGACUAUAAUAAAUUUAAAUGUAUAAUAUUUUACUUUCCAUCUAUUUAUCAAUUCAUACAAUAUGGUUUGAUACCAUGUUCUGAUUAUCUGUAAAUCUUGUACUGUUCUAAUACUUAGAGUAUAAUUUUAAAUCUUUAAUUAAAAAUCAAUAAAUUAUAUGUCAUACCCAUACAACAUUUCUCUUUAUGUUUUCUACCAAGCAAAUGUUGGCAGUUACAGGUAUGCAUUUUUGUCACAUUACCUUAGAUUUCUGCUGCUGUACAUUUACCAAAAUGUUUUUCACAUUAAAGAGUAAGUAGCUUUAAAUUACAAUUUCAUUUGCAGUGCCCUUUAUGGGUGUUUGUAAUACGUAUGAGUGGUUGUAAUUGCCAGUACCUUUUUACUUUUCAAUAUAGUCUAUUUUGAGUUGCUUUGACCUAAGUUCAGAAGCUGCUCUGUGGUUCUAGUGGCAAACCAUAGACAUAUGUAACACAGGCUAGAUUAUCUAAAGUGCUUUGUAGUUGUAAGAGUGCCAUUUACUAUUGUCAGCAAUACAAAAGGAAAUGUGUUCUACAAUAGUUGUUCACUAGAUGGCGCUUACUACUAUAAAGACAAACCCAGUACCGGACAUAAGUCAGAGGCAGGCAUGAAAAUAUCCCUGCCUAGAUUGAGAAGAAAUCAAAAAAGUUUCUGAUUGUAAAACAUGCAUUCCAAAUAUCUGUAUUAAUCAAUUUUAAAAUAAGUUAUUGGCAAGAAAUGCCAUUUAGAUCUGAAACUGCCACUCAAGUUGUGUAGUUGUAAACUAUUUUUGAGCUUGUCUAAUAAUAAUUUUGUGAUACCUACAUCUAAUGUAAUUCCACCUGUGCCAUUAUUUCUGGGGAAGCACAUUUUUUUAGACCUUUUGAAGCAAUUGGUAAUUGAUAUUCUAUCAACACAAUUAUGCUUCUUGUACCUUAACCUUGCAAAAGGGUAAAAUGUUCCCCAUAAAUCUGCAUUCUCUGUCUUACGGCAAAAUGUUCAUUUUUCUUUGAUGAUAAAAUGAUGAUUAGCAAAAAUAGCUUUGCAUGGAUAAGCUGUUGCAAAUAAAUUUGUAAUAUUGGUAUGCCAGCAGACAUGCAGGAGAGCUUAGUUGAGAUAACGUACGUGGGCAUACACUUAUAAAAGUGUGCAGCCGUCUACAAUGGUAUAAACAUAGAGAAGUUUAGUCAGCAUAGCGAAACAAACACACAUGAUGAACAAUUAUAAUAUUAUUAUAAUAUAAGAAGCAAGGGAUGUUUCAUUUCUGUUAAAACUUUGUUGUUGCAAUUCAAAUUUAAACUCAGAAGGUCCUUGGUUGAAGUGGCAAAAAAGAAGAAUGAACCUAUUUGCUUAUACUGGUCGAUGGUUGUGGACUAAUGAGGUAAAACAAAACCAAAAAAACACACACACAGAUCCGUUAUUUAUUACAGACAAAAUACAAGUCACAAGUGUAAAUAUCAUUAAGAAUGAAACAAAAGACAAUGGUAUAUUCUGAAGAAACGUUGUGGUGCAUGCCCUUAAGGAUGACUUCUUAGAGCUUAAGGGGUAAGGAAUGGCGCUCCGGGAAGGAUAUAAGACUGUUUCCCAGAGCACGUAAAGAAUUAGAGGAAAUGGGCUGACUAUGAUUUUACCAGGAGUGGUACAGGAACUGUCAACAGUGCCAUACUUCCCUGCUCUUGUAUUGUUAUGACUGGGCUGCUGCUGUUUUUGCUUGUAUCCCCUCCCAGCGAGGGUAUGUUUUGUGUGCAAAGGACAUUAAUAAAAAGGAUGAUAGUGUCUUCAAAA